AUGGCUGAGCCGAAACGAGCUGAAGUGGCCCCAGUACUAGCUGCGACCACGAAUGCGCAUCACGACGUCCCUGAAGUCAAGGAACUUGAAGCGUCAACUGUUGCGGAGCCCACAACGAGCAACGAUGAAGCCAUCCUCGGGAACCGCGAGCUCAAGGAGGCGCCAACUCGAAGUGUCUGGCUAGCAUGGCUCUACAUGUUCGACUGGUACCCAUCGCAUUACCCAAAGGAGGAGCGCAAGUUCUUGCGCAAGCUCGACGCUUUCAUGAUGACCUUUACCUGCAUCGCCUUCUUCCUCAAGUGGCUUGACCAGUCCAACGUCAACAGCGCCUACGUGUCGGGUAUGAAAGAAGAGCUGGGCCUCUACGGCAACGAGUACUCCAAGUUCCCCAUGUUCUACAACAUUGGAUACGUCAUUUGUCAGAUUCCGGCCAUGCUGCUGUUCUCAAGACCUCAGUUCACCAGAUGGUUCUUGCCAAGCUGCGAGGUACUCUGGAGCCUCUUGACAUUUGCGCAGUCGCAGUUGCAAAACGCCGGGCAGAUUUACGGCACACGAUUUCUGCUCGGUGUUCUGGAGACGCCGGUGGCCUCAGGCUGUCUUUUCAUCUUGUCAUCGUGGUAUAAACCCGAGGAGUUGUUCAAGCGAGCGGGCUUGUGGUACGUAUCGAAUAACAUCGGUGUCAUGUUCGGUGGUUAUCUGCAGUCUGCGGCGUACACCAAUCUCAAUGGCGUUGGUGGCAUGUCUGGAUGGCGAUGGCUUUUCAUCAUUGAUGGUUGCAUUUCUCUGCCACUCUCCAUUCUUGGCUUCUUCAUAUUCCCUGGUAUGCCCAUGAGUGGCAAAAUCUGGUGGAUGAAGGAAGAGGAGCACGCCCUCGCGCAGCUCCGCAUGAGGGAAGUCGGCGUCGAAGCUCCCAAGAAGAUCACAAAAGCCCUGCUGAAGCGGAUCUUUCUCCGCUGGCAUUGGUACCUCGGUGUUCUUGCCUAUAUCCUGUUUCUUUCAGGUGCCUAUCCACAUGGCCAGAUGGCGAUUUGGCUCAAGGACCUGGGUGACAAGUACGGCACAUACACCGUUCCCCAGAUUAACGAAAUCCCUACUGGCGCGCAGGGUGUUUCUGUGAUCGGGACCAUCAUCGCCACCAAUCUGUGCAUGGUGUAUCCCACGUGGAUCAUCUACACCAUUGUCAUGAGCUUCUUCAUGUUUGCCAACAUCUGCAUGAUGGUGUGGGAUAUUCCGCAUGACCUGAAGUUCACAGCAUUCUACUUGUUUGGUAUGAGUGCUGCCGUUACGCCAAUUCUAGCGCCAACAGUCAACUGGUGGCUGAAAGACUCGGCCGAGGCUCGCGCUUUCUUCAGCGGCAGCAUGAUUACCCUUGGCUUCGCAGUGAACAGCUUCUAUCCAUUGGUGACGUUUCCUGUGGUCGAAGCACCGCGGUGGAAGAAGGGCUACAUUGUCAACUUUUUCUUCAUUUUGGGCGCGUGGGGUUUUUUGACGGCGGGAUACUUUCUGCACCAAAGGGCCGAGAAGAGGCAAAAGCUGAGGGAGGCUGAGCUGGCGCUUGAUGAAGACAAUUUGAAAGGCGAAGGUGUCAAGCAUGCCACUCCAUCCCAACCGAGGAUCGUCGAUACGAACGACGACCCUGCGGAGGAGGAGGAGGAGUCGAAUUACUUCGACGUGUCGGACCAAGAGCUCCUGGGGCUGGAAAUUGCUCGUUUGACCACUGAAGAAGCUCCGCCCGAGGACGAACAGCCCGGCGAGCCCACCGACAGGACGCCCGUAGACGACGAGACAGACGAACCAAACCAGGACGACGACCAUUCAUUCGAGAUUGUCCUGGAGGCACUGGCCGUCCAAGACCCCAAAGAGCCGUGGACGGACGAAACAGGCGCUCUGAAAGUCGGUCGACAACCCCUGGGGAAGCAAAAAGACGUUGAAUCGGCACCACAAGCAAUAGUAGCGCAGCAUAUUCGCCGACAGUUCGCCCAGGUCGCCGUUCAAGUAGCCAAGAAAUACAGGCUCACGGAGGAGGAGUAUACGGAGCUCCUCACGAUACCAUCCCCGGUGCCUAGAGAGCGGAUCUUCUACCCGUUCCACAUCUUGUCGCGAGCGCACCCAGUUGCCGUUGGGUGGGACUGGCUUGAUCUCCAGCGGUAUGCCGCGAAUGCGGUGACUACAAUGCAGGGCGCGUGUAAUCGACAAGCAGAAGACGCCGGACUCGGCGAACAGGAGCUGUCUGGCGAGACGUUUUACUUUUGGUUACUUGCGUAUUGCAGCCAGCGGAUUGUCGAAGUCAAGGCACAAAGGCCGACGGCUAGUCUGGAGGAGAUUGCCUUUUUCUGCCUGGAUAGAUGGAGUAUGCCGAUUGCUCCGUGGACAAACCAUGUCUUCUCCGCCUCAUUGUGCAAAGGCCCGGACCAUGGCCUGGCGAUGUUGCUUGGUUUCGAAAAGCGGGCGCCAAACGAGUCGUUCGACCCUCUCAAGCAUAUUGACAUAGCGAAACGGACGGUCGAAAUCGACGCGCGCUUUACUAACACGGCUAUGCACAACUACCACGUGGCAACUGGCUGUCUCAGCUUGAACUUCUUCGGGAUAUGCCGAUUUCCCAUCCGUUCUGGAAGCCAGUCGACGACAUCGGCAAAGCUUGGACGGGCGUGGCAAGUUCCGACGCUAACCACUGCCACCAAAACUCGAAUACGAACGCCCGCUGCUCGAGAUAGAUCAGUGGGAGACUAUCGACGAAGAGAACCUACCGGAUUCGACAAGGACAAAAUGUUUUGA